AUGUCUGCUGCCCUUCACCGACCACCAGUUACCGCCCACGUCCUAGCGAGUACGAAAACAAAGCAACCAUCAACUGUACGAAGCACACCAGCCUCGGUUCCUACACAACUAAAUCGGUCGGCGAGCGAGAAUAGCAGUAGACCAGAAUCAGAUACCAUGGCGCCUCCAGUGAAUCGUAAGAAGCAGAAGAGGCGACAGAAGCAGGCAGCUCGACUUGCAGCUGAGCAACAAGAUCACACUGCGGAGCACUUGACGAAUGCAUCAGAUCAGGCGCAGUAUAACAACAAGGACCAGUCCGACGCUGACGAUGGGGAGGUCUAUGAUCAUGAUGAUAUCGACGAUGACGAGGAUAUUAACCAUUCUAGGCUCAUAACGAAUGGCAACGGGAUGACAAAGACCUCCAAAUCAAAGAAGAAGAAGAAAUCCAAGACUACGUCCGCUACUCAGAAACUGGCCGAGGAAAGUUCUACGUCUCUUUCUGCACCGUCUGCGACGACAGGUCGGCCACAACCCCCACAACCUACGUCAAGCAGUCAAUCGAUCAAAAAGCCCAAGGAUCGCAUAUGGAAUACAUCUACUCAAGAGGAGCGUGAGAACAUCAAGAAAUUUUGGCUUGAGCUUGGCGAGGACGAACGAAGGGCUUUGGUCAAGGUGGAAAAGGAUGCCGUGUUGAAGAAGAUGAAGGAGCAGCAAAAGCAUUCGUGUAGUUGCACCGUUUGUGGGCGGAAGCGGACGGCGAUUGAAGAGGAGCUAGAGGUAUUGUACGAUGCAUACUAUGAGGAACUCGAACAAUACGCCAAUAACAACCAGGGCACUUUCGAGAAUGGUGCUCCUAUCGUUCCUCCGCCACGACUGUACCAUCAUAAUCUUCAUUCGUUUAGCCGUCAUACACAUCGGCAUACGCAUUCUCAUCCUCACUCCCACGCCCACCCUCAUUCGCAUUCGCAUAUUCAUGAUCAUCAUCAUGAUCAUCACCAUGAUCACCACGAUCAUCACGACCACGAUCACCAUGACCAUGACCAUAAUCAUGACCACGACCAUGGUCAUCAUCACCAUCAUCACCACUCCCAUCACGGCCGAGUGCACGAGAUACCCGAAGACGAAGACGACUUAGAAGACGAGUAUGAUGAAGAGGACGAUGAAGAAGAGCCAUAUAGCGAUGAUGAAUUGGACGACGAUAGCCACGGGGAGCGAGCCGAUUUCUUCGCCUUUGGAAAUAGUCUCACGGUAAAAGAUGGUAUAUUAACUGUCGCCGAUGACCUGCUAAAGAAUGACGGGAAACAUUUCAUUGAUAUGAUGGAACAACUAGCCGAGCGCCGAAUGCAGCGCGAGGAAGACACGCAAUAUGGAAUGGUAGCUGCACAUCAAUCUUACCACGCAGGACAUAACCACGGCCCCCUGGAUGAAGACGAUUAUGAUGACGAAGAAGAGGAGGAUUAUGACAGUCAGGAGGAAGAAGACUACGAGGACGAUGAAAUGGAUACGAUGACCGAGGAACAACGUAUGGAAGAAGGAAGGCGAAUGUUUCAAAUAUUUGCUGCUCGAAUGUUCGAACAACGAGUGUUAACCGCAUAUCGAGAGAAAGUCGCGCAGCAACGACAAGAAUUGCUCCUACAGGAAUUGAUGGAAGAGCAAACCCUGAACGAACAACGGUCAGCAAAGAAAGCUCGCGAGGCGCAAAAGAAGAAAGAUAGGAAGAAGCAGCAGAAACAAGCCCGCGAGGAGGAGAAAGCUCGAAAGGAUGCCGAAAAAGCUGCCGAAGAAGCAGCAGCUCGUGCACUCGAAGCGAAGAAGCUGGAGGAACAGAAGCGCAAGAAAGAAGAGCUGCGAAAGAAGAAAGAGGCCGAGAAGAAAGCCCAAGAAGAGGAGCGUUUGCGCAAGGAAGCUGAGAAGCAGAAACGGCUCCAAGAAGAACGUGAACGCCAAGCUGAGAUUGAGCGCAAACAAAAGGAACAGAAGGAGCGCGAACGAAAGAAGCGUGAAGAAGCUAAGAGAAAAGAGCGAGAGGAGCGUGAAGCUAAGGAAAAGGAACUAAGGGAUAAGAAAGCCAAAGAGGAGCAGGAGCGCAAGCAACGUGAAGAGCAAGCCAUGCGCAUCAUAGAGCAAACGGCCAAAGAGAACAGUCAAUCACAGUCUUCACAGUCUGUGCUGCCUCCCAAGCGAGUAUCACAACCGACCUCGGGUACUGGAUUCGUCCCUCCUGGAUUCCAAAGUCCUCAAGCCGCGCCCGUCGCCAGUUCCCCGCAUUUCCAAGUCGCGACACCUAUCGUCCACAAGGCCUCAACUCCUGCUCGUCCACGUCAACCCUCGCAGCAAGGAUCACACGCGUCAUCUCCAAGGUCUCAAACAACGAGCGGUCCUGAACCUCUUUCCUCAGUAUCGCCGCAGAGCUUGCACUUAUCGCAGCCAUCAAGUACGCCUCUCAGCUCAUCAGGCAAGCUUGGUCUCUCCCAACAGCCUAUCCUGCAUCACCCUCAGCCUUCAGCACCUCUAUCACCCUUGAGUAGCGCCACUAGGUCUCAUACUAUGGGUUAUCCACCUGUCAACGGGCUGCCAGCUCACCCUCCUCCUGGAAUGCCUGGAAUAGCGACGCGUCCUGUUGGCAACGAGAACAUGACAAUGUAUCCUCCUCAUUCUGGGCCUGUUGGUAGCCAGUACAGAGGCUUCGCCACACCAAAUGGGGUUCUCUUACCUCCAGGAAUUGGCGGUACUCGCCCAAUGCCAAUCCCCAAUCGCGGGUUCCCUCCUCUUGAUCCAGGCCACAAUCUGGCGUUUGGCGGUCAAGUACCUGGACCUGGCGUGAUUUCAUCCGUUCCACCCACAGGAAGACCUACCGCACACUCUCGUCAAGCGUCAGGAUCGUUCGAUAGACCACCCGUUGAUGGCCAAGCUGUGAAUGCCCCAAUCUCUCGCCCAACACCAAUUAAGCGGCCCUCGAGCCCUCAGAAGGGAGAUGGGCGGAUACACGACUCAGAUGUCGAUGAUUUGAGUGCUCAGUUGGGUAGUAGCGCGUUGCUCGAUGACUCAGAUAUACCGUUCUCCACGACCCUCUCACAGUCCCUUCCAGGGGCUCCAGUUCCAAGUGGAUUCGGGCUAUCUCGUGCGAGCUUCGGUGCACCACCCUUUCCAGACCCAUUAAGUUCUGCAAAACACCCUAGCUUUUCUGGCCAGGGAAGCAGCAACUGGGCAACUCAGAGUCCAUUUGGAGUGCCGUUCCCAACAUCUUGGAACGCGGCAGGUGUCUCUUGGCCUAACCGACCCUUCGGCAAUCGUACAUCUCGACCUGUGGCUAUUCGGUUGCUCGUCAUCCAGGCAAUCAAGCAUCUAAGCUCCAUGAGCCCUGCGAAAUUCGCUCCUGGGUUCUAUGAAGUCAAUCGUCUUCUCCGUCAAGUCGAACAGCUGAAUUCACUCAAUGAUCCACCCAUUACACUGAACGAAAUAAUGGACAUCUGUGAUACAGAAGGUAACUCACAAAACGGAGGUGGAACGUUCAUCAUCAAAGAGGAUGGAAAGGGCGCUCGUUAUGUCAAGUUCGAGCCAGACAGUGCCAGCCCUAUGUCUAGUCAUCGUGGUAGUUUUGUUCCCGGAGACAUUGGAAGUCCUGUCCCUGCUCACAGCCUGCCAGCCCCUUUUGGCGGGGUUGGGGCAGCACCUGGUGUCCGACAGUACUCAUCUCCAACGACUUUCUAGUCAACCGCUUCCUUCUUCCCAGUUCUUCAUCUCCUCGCAUUCGCAGGCGAGCGCCAACUCGCGAAAAGCAUCCAGGCGUCAUGUUUCACGUCCGUCCUAUCUUCCUGGGUUUUCGGGGUACCCCAUGCUUUUGGGUUUACGAUUGUUUUUAUCAUAUCUCUUUCUCCCUUUUCUUCUCUUCUUCUAGGGCCUUUCUUGGAUGUCUAGUGGUACAAUGCAUUCCACAACUUCCUUUUCUGUUUUGUUUCUUAACGCAGCACCAUGCCAUCAGCUUUGUGGAGUUCUUUUCUUUUCAAAGGUUUCUUAUUUGAGUGGGAUCAUGCUUUUUUCACCUGUUUGUGUACGUCUUUUUUCUUUCCAUUAUCGAUGCUGUUCUAUUUCAGUUUUGCUCCUCGAACAAGCCCGACUACGGGCUCGUGGUAUUUUUGUAUUGUAGGUAGCUACCAUAGGUAGUUUUGACUGGGCGGAAUUACCAACGAAGGAAGCGUCAUGGGG